AUGAGUUUCGCAAAAGUAGGCGCGAGACGCAUCAAGUUACCUGGUCGCAGGCCCACAAAUCGAUCUGCAACAGUCCAGGCAGCGUCGCCAUGCGCGAACCCGCCCCCGCGCACUGGCGAUCGCCCGUUCUUUCCGUGCGUCGAAGCUCAUGCCGCUCGCGAGUCUCGCAUUCGCAGCAGCAUAUUGGGAUCCCCUCUCUCUAUUUCCUCGUCCUCCAUGUCCAAGUCGGGGGGCCCAGAGGUUCCCUACGCCCGCCCUAGUCCCACAUCAUACAAGAUCUACCACCACGAGUCUCCUUUCCCGCUCACCUAUGCAGACCCCCUUCCGUCGUUUGAUAUCGCCUAUGAGACCUGGGGUACCCUUUCUCCUGCAAAGGACAACGUCAUCCUCCUCCACACUGGCCUCUCUGCUUCUUCGCAUGCUGCAUCGACCGAAGCCAAUCCGUCCGAUGGCUGGUGGGAAAAAUUCAUCGGCCCAGGACGUGCACUUGAUACAAACCAAUUCUUCAUAAUAUGCACGAACGUCUUGGGCGGAUGCUACGGCUCAACGGGUCCGUCGUCGUUAGACCCUACUUCGGACCAGAUAUACGGUACCCGAUUUCCCGUCGUCUCCAUCUUGGACAUGGUGCGCGCGCAGUUCUGUCUCUUGGAUCAUCUAGGCAUCGAGAAUCUCUAUGCGAGCGUUGGUUCGUCGAUGGGUGCGAUGCAAAGCCUAGCAGCAGGAUGGCUAUACCCAAAACGAGUGGAGAAAGUGGUCAGCAUUAGUGGGACAGCGAGGAGCAGCCCAAGCGCCAUUGCGAUGCGAUUCGCACAGCGGAGUGUGCUAAUGGCAGAUCCGAAUUGGAACAAUGGAUUCUACUAUGACGGGCUCCCACCACACACUGGCAUGAAGCUUGCACGACAAAUUGCGACUAUCACAUAUCGAUCCGGUCCCGAGUGGGAUAUCCGAUUUGGGCGCAAACUGAGACCGCUACAAGAAGUCCAGGAACUGGGACAUGAACUCGAACAUCCACGCAGGCAUCCAUCAAAACCGCGCAUGCCUGCAUUGUGUCCGGAUUACAUGAUAGAGACUUAUCUCGACUACCAGGGCGAGCAGUUCUGUCUCAAGUACGACGCGAACUCGCUCAUCUACAUCUCGAAGGCGAUGGACGUGUUCGACUUGACGCUCCCCGCGCUCACUGAGCUGCAACUGGCUCCGGCCCCCCCACGCCCGCUCGGGCCCGAGUCGUCCGGGCACGCGCAUCAGCACUCGUACCACUACGCGCAGCGCGGACACUCUCGCUCGCACCCGCCGCCGCCGAACCCGCCGCCGCACCUGAACGCGCUCGCGGAAGGCCUCCGCCCGCUCGCACACACGCCAAUGCUCAUCCUCGGCGUGCAGAGCGACAUCCUUUUCCCGGUCGAGCAGCAACGCGAGGUCGCGGACGCGCUGCACAUCGCGGGGAACAAUAUGGUCAGCUAUUACGAGCUCGGCGGUGUGUGGGGCCAUGAUACGUUCUUGCUGGACGUGCAGAAUGUGGGAGGCGCGAUUCGUGGAUUCUUGUCUUAG